AUGGACCGCGACGCUCAGAGAGGCGCCCGGAGAGAAGCGAAGAGGUCCCCGCCAGAGAUGCUCACCUUGCCGGGGUUGUUGCCGCUCCUUCUCGUGACAAUGGUCCGCACCGGGCUGGCUCAAGUGGAUGACGACUUCAUAGGUCUCAGCGAGCUGCCCGAAACAUUCCCGUCUGACCCGCCUGAGCCACUGCCCGUGUUCCUGAUGGAACCAGAGGAGGCCUACAUUGUCAAGAACAAGCCCGUUAACCUGUACUGCAAGGCCACGCCUGCCACGCAGAUCUACUUCAAGUGCAACAGCGAGUGGGUGCACCAGAAGGAGCACACGGUGGAGGAGCGUGUGGACGAGAACUCUGGCCUGGUGGUGAGAGAAGCCAGCAUCGAGAUUACUCGGCAGCAAGUGGAGGAACUCUUUGGGCCUGAGGACUUCUGGUGCCAGUGUGUGGCCUGGAGCUCAGCGGGGACUACCAAAAGUCGCAAAGCCCAUGUCCGCAUCGCCUACUUGAGGAAGACUUUUGACCAAGAACCGCUCGGGAAGGAAGUGUUACUUGAACAGGAAGUGUUACUUCAGUGCCGGCCACCAGAAGGCAUCCCAAUGGCUGAGGUGGAGUGGCUGAAGAAUGAGGAGGUGAUAGACCCUGCAGAUGACAGGAACUUCUACAUCACCAUCGAUCAUAAUCUGAUCAUUAAGCAAGCACGCCUCUCGGACACAGCCAACUACACAUGCGUGGCCAAGAACAUUGUGGCUAAGCGGCGCAGCACAACUGCCACUGUCAUCGUCUACGUAAAUGGCGGCUGGUCUACGUGGACGGAGUGGUCGGUGUGCAACAGCCGCUGUGGCAGAGGCUACCAGAAACGCACACGCAGCUGCACCAACCCAACACCCCUCAAUGGCGGCGCCAUCUGCGACGGACAAGGCAUCCAGAAGUUGCCGUGCAAUCCCCUCUGUCCAGUGGAUGGCCUAUGGACCGAGUGGAGUAAGUGGUCCACUUGUGGGACAGAGUGCACCCAUUGGAGAAGGAGGGAAUGCGGCGCACCAGCACCCAAAUAUGGAGGCAAGGACUGUGAGGGCAUGGUGCUACUAUCCAAGAACUGCACAGAUGGCCUGUGCAUGCAGGGUUCCUUAUAUCAGAAGUCCACUGAGGCUAAAGGCACGCUUGAAUUGGGAAGUACAUUUGCCCCCAGCACAGACGACGUGGCCCUCUACGUGGGCAUCGUCAUUGCCGUGAUAAUGUGCCUGGUCAUCUCUGUGGUGGUGGCGCUCUUCAUAUAUCGGAAGAACCACCGUGACUUUGACUCAGGCAUCAUGGACUCAUCCGCCCUCAACGGAGGCUUUCAGCCCGUCAGCAUCAAGACAGCACGUAAAGCCGAUCUCCUCACUGCACCGCCUGACCUGACCUCGGCGGCCGCUAUGUACCGAGGCCCUGUAUACGCCUUGCAUGACACGGCCGACAAAAUCCCCAUGACCAAUUCCCCCCUGCUGGACCCUCUGCCCAACCUCAAGAUCAAGGUGUACAACUCCUCUGGCCUGAUAACGCCACAGGACGACCUGGGAGGCGAAUUCUCUUCAAAGCUCUCCCCCAAAUUGCAGCACUGCCUUUCGGAAAACUGUGACAGCACAAUUGGUCGCCGUACGCAGACAUUGCUGCGCUCCAGGGACCCUUCAUGCACUGCUGUCGGCUCCUUCAACUCGCAAGGUGGUCACCUCAUUGUCCCCAACUCAGGUGUGAGUCUGCUUAUCCCGGCAGGAGCGAUCCCACAGGGCCGUGUCUAUGAAAUGUACGUGACCGUGCAGAGGAAGGAAAGCUUGAGGCCUUCAGUGGAAGACGGACAAGCAGUUUUGAGCCCCGUGGUGACCUGCGGCCCCCCGGGCGCCCUGCUUACACGGCCCCUGGUCCUUACCAUGCACCACUGUGCCGUUUCUGACGGCCAACAGGAUUGGCUGAUCCAGCUCAAGAGCCAGUCACCACAAAAUGUCUGGGAGGACAUGGUAGUGGUGGGUGAGGAGAAUUUCACCACGCCAUGCUACAUCCAGAUGGACGACGAGGCAUGCCACAUCCUGACUGAGACUCUGGGCACAUACUGCCUGGUGGGCCAGUCGCUCAGCGCCGCCACCACCAAGCGCCUCAAGCUGGCCAUCUUUGGCCCACUCACGUGCCCCGCCACUGAGUAUCACAUCCGGGUCUACUGCCUGGACGACACGCAAGAUGCACUCAAGGAAGUCCUCCAAAUGGAGAAGCAGAUGGGAGGCAAGUUGUUGGAUGAACCAAAGAUGCUCCUCUUCAGUGACAGCACCCACAAUCUGAGACUUUCCAUUCAUGACGUUCCCCAAACGCUGUGGAAGAGCAAACUUCUGGCUAAAUAUCAGGAGCUGUGUUUUCAACAAGUGUGGGACGGCUCCCAGAGGAACCUCCACUGCUGCUUCACACUAGAGCGCUUCUCUACCGCCACCGUAGACCUGACAUGCAAGAUUUGCGUGCGCCAAGUGGAGGGGGAGGGUCAAAUCUUUCAGCUUGACACUACGCUUUCAGAGAAUUCCCAGAGCAUCGACACCUCCUUGCUGGACCCGGCCAGUAACAUCACCACGCUGGUGGGGCCCAACGCCUUCCGCAUCCCCGUCUCGGUCCGUCAGAAACUAUGCGGCAGCCUGGAUGCACCGCAGACUCGCGGCAACGACUGGAGAAUGUUGGCCCACAAGCUCAACCUUGACAGGUGA